UUCUCUUAUUUUUGAAAGAUUUUCGAGGAAGAAAAAGAUCAGGUUUAACGACGCAUGUGUUAGACAGGCUCUGCGUGUAUUUCAGUUGGAAUAUUUUCAUCAUAGCCAGACCUCUACUGUGGCUUUUACGGGAUAAAAUACUUCCACAGGAUUUUUUUUCUUAACAAAUAUUGCUUGGCUAUGUUUUUGUCAACGCUCGUUUGUCCAACAUAAUGUUAAAACAUGACGGAAAUAUUUUUCUUUUAGGCAUUUUUGUCACUACAAUUUAGCGUAUUUGGGAAACAGUGAGUCUCUUUCAUGUUAGGAACAAUGAUAAGUGACAGGGAAAGUAAGAUAUUUCCUCCUUGUUUUCAUCUAAACAGCGAGACAUGUUGCUUUUCAAAAUUGCGGAACUGAAUUAUCAAACGGAUACUGAGUUUUCUCUGUCUCACCAAAGCUUCGGGGCUCUGCAGUCCCUGGCAGGUCUGCCUGCGUUCGUUAGUAAGAUUUGCUAUACCGGCUGGAUCUCUGCGAGCUGGUUUAAGAUAUUGGAUGAGGUCGACGAAGCUGGGUGAGCGUACCAUGCGUGUUCGGUGCUCAUACAACUAAGCACUCCAAACCUGCAAAAAUCGGAUAACACGCAGAUAUGGGUUCUCUGGUGCGAAGUCGCUGGCUCAUGAUCCCUCUGCUGGUGCAGGCCUGGCUCAUUGCAUCCCCCAGCAGAGUCCGAGAGCGCCCGUGCCCCCGAAGCUGCCGCUGCGAUGGCAAAAUAGUCUACUGUGAGUCAAAUGCAUUUCGUGAUGUGCCAAAGAAUGUGUCCAUGGGAUGCCAGGGACUCUCUCUGCGCUAUAACAGCUUGGUUAGCCUUAGGGCUGAUCAGUUUGCCAGCCUUAGUCAACUUGUCUGGCUGUAUCUUGACCACAACUAUAUAAAUACAGUAGAUAGUCAAGCCUUCCAGGGUGUGAGGAGACUAAAAGAGUUAAUCCUCAGCUCAAAUAAGAUCACGCAGCUGGAUAACAGCACAUUUCAUUCAAUACCAAACCUGCGCAACUUGGACCUUUCUUACAAUAAGCUGCAGGUACUACAGCCUAACCAGUUUCAAGGCUUACGCAAGUUGCUAAGUCUCCAUAUGAGAUCCAAUUCCCUCAAGGCAGUUCCCAUGCGUGUGUUUCAGGAUUGUCGAAAUCUAGAAUUUCUUGACUUGGGCUAUAAUCGACUGAGAAGCCUCACUCGUAAUGCUUUUGCUGGACUGCUCAAGCUGACUGAGUUGCACUUGGAGCACAACCAAUUCUCUAAGAUCAAUUUCUCUCAUUUCCCUCGUCUAAACAACCUUCGAGCUCUCUAUUUGCAGUGGAAUCGGAUAAAAUCUGUAACACAGGGAAUUACAUGGACCUGGACAUCUUUACAAAAGCUUGACCUCUCAGGAAAUGACCUACAGGUGUUGGAUGCCAACAUCUUCCAUUGUCUACCCAAUUUGCAGACUCUUAACCUGGACUCCAAUAAGCUUAGCAACGUGUCUCUGGAGGCAGUGACCGCUUGGAUUUCUCUCAGUACCAUCAGUCUAGCAGGUAAUGUUUGGGACUGCAGUCCAAGCCUCUGUCCUCUUGUUGCCUGGUUGAGGAAUUUCAAAGGAAACAAGGAGGCAACCAUGAUUUGUGCUGGACCUAAGGAGGCUCAAGGCGAGAAAGUUAUGGAUGCUAUGGACACGUUUGGUAUUUGCAAGGCUACCACAACUCCAUAUCUUGUAGUCUCCACUACAGUCAUCUUCCCUUCCAAACCUGGACACAUGCCACUUCCCACAUUAUUCAGGGUGGACAAAGAAAGCGUCCACCACACCCCUUUUGUUCCCACCCCAACCAUUGCUUUCCCACCUGUUCCUGAGCAGGACUAUGAACAUGUUUCCUUCCACAAGAUAAUAGCAGGUAGUGUUGCACUCUUCUUAUCAGUGGCAAUGAUCUUGCUUGUGAUCUAUGUCUCCUGGAAGCGUUACCCAACUAGUAUGAAGCAGUUGCAGCAGCACACCAUGGUCAGAAAGCGCCGGAAAAAGGCACGGGAGACGGAACGAACCCUCAGUUCCCCAUUACAGGAGUAUUAUGUGGACUACAAACCCACAAACUCUGAGACCAUGGACGUACUGGUCAAUGGGACAGGACCAUGCACCUAUACCAUCUCUGGCUCCCGAGAAUGUGAGGCACCUCAACAGAUGGGCACAUUGUCAUUCUAUAGGUACGAGCAGCCCAUCAUAAACUACUGCCAAGCCCACCAGCCUCUGCACAUCACCAUGGGCUUCGAUGCUCCGUCACAGGCCCUGGAGGAGCGGGGGGUACGAGUUUGUGGUUCUGCCACUAACUCCAGCCUCCUCCCCUCCAAGCCUGCAGCCCCUCUCUCAGACAUCCUUACCCUGCCUCAGUGAACCCCGCUUAGGGACAGACAAGCAGACACCCUCUAUCCUCCAUGAAUGUCACCAGAGGAUUGAUGCUCCAUCCCCAAAGAACCAGACUGGACUGAUUGGGAAAGGGAUUUGGGGCAGAGUAUGUUGUCCAGCAAAACUGAAAAUUCCAAUAAAACUUCACUAAAUGAUUAUACUGGGGCUUUCUUGGUGUGGGUGACGGAGAUUCACUCAAAUGAUUUGUGUGAUUUAGGAAUGUGAUAAGGUGUUCUCUCAGCCCUUUAGCGAUUUAACAUUUAUGGUCAUUAGAUUCUUUAACUUCAUCACCUGAUUGUUGAUGACAUAAUAAUGCAAAACCUAAAAGGACUCAAAAUGAUUAAUAACCAUUAUUGCUUGCAUUGACUCAACUGUAUCAUGUGUACGCAUUUUGAUAAAUGAAUGUUGGCAUUUACACAGAGAAAGUAAUUAAAUAAGAAGUGUUCAUUAGGUUGAAUUGAAGGGGAAACAGAGCAAUGAGAGACGGAAUCGUAGAACAAAUUAAAGUUUAGUAGAGCUAAAAAGAGUUCCUUUCAGCUCUGUCUAAUGAGGCUGCCAGCCAGUGGGGCUUAUGGUCCAUCAAGCCUGUCAUGAGUGAAUUACACAAAAUGAGCUACCCAGAUUCAAUUAUUCAAGGUAAGAUGAGAAAAAGUUAGUCUGAAAAUGGAUUAUAUAAAUUUCCAUACUUUUUGAUUAAUAAUUAAUAUUUGUGUGUGUGUGUG